AUGAGGGACCGCGGGCUCGCAGCAGGCAGCAGCCGCAGCGCCCUCCGGGAGUCCGGGUGGGAAGCGACCGUUGGGAUGCCCCUCCCCGUCCCGGCCUCACCCUCACCCUGGGGGUACCUUGAACAUAACAGGAAAUUUCAAAUAACAGGAAACCAAGACCGGGCAAGGCGAGCAGCUCCACCCUGCCUGGGGCGAACCACCCUGGGCCUCAGUCUGCCCCCGGGGACAGCGAUGAACGCCACGGGGGCCCCAACCGAGGCCCCCGAGUCCUGCCAGCUGCUGGCGGCCAUCGGGCACAGCCGGCUCAUCGUCCUGCACUACAACCACUCUGGCCGGCUGGCGGGGCGGGGCGGGCCCGAGGAGGUCGGCCUGGGGGUGCUGCGCGGGCUCUUCGUGGCCGUAAGCUGCCUGGUGGUGCUGGAGAACCUGCUGGUGCUGGUGGCCAUCGCCAGCCGCAUGCGCUCCCGCCGCUGGGUCUAUUACUGCCUGGUGAAUAUCACGCUCAGCGACCUGCUCACGGGCGCCGCGUACCUGGCCAACGUGCUGCUGUCGGGGGCGCACACCUUCCGCCUGGCGCCGGCCCAGUGGUUCCUGCGAGAGGGCCUGCUCUUCAUGGCGCUGGCCGCCUCCACCUUCAGCUUGCUCUUCACGGCGGGCGAGCGCUUCGCCACCAUGGUGCGGCCGGUGGCUGAGAACGGGGCCACCAAGAGGGGCCGCGUGUGCAGCUUCAUCGGACUCUGCUGGCUGCUGGCAGCCCUGCUGGGCCUGCUGCCUCUGCUGGGAUGGAACUGCGUCUGCGCCUUCCAGCGCUGCUCCAGCCUGCUCCCGCUCUACUCCAAGGGCUACAUCCUCUUCUGCGUGGUGGUCUUCGCCUGCAUCCUGGCCACCAUCACGGUGCUCUACGGGGCCAUCUUCCGAGUGGUGCGCUCCAACGGGCAGAAGGCCCCGUGCACCCCGGCCCGCCGCAAGGCUCAGCGGCUGCUCAAGACGGUGCUCAUGAUCCUGGUGGCCUUCGUGGUGUGCUGGGGCCCGCUCUUCGGCCUGCUGCUGGCCGACAUCUUUGGCUCCAACGUCUGGGCUCAGGAGUACCUGCGGGGCAUGGACUGGAUCCUGGCGCUGGCUGUGCUCAACUCCGCGGUCAACCCGGUCAUCUACUCCUUCCGCAGCCGGGAGGUGUGCCGGGCCGUGCUGGGCUUUCUCUGCUGUGCUUGUCUCCGGUUGGGACUGCGAGGGCCUGGGGACUGCCUGGCCCGGGCCGCCGAGGCCCAAUCCGUGGCUUCCACCACCGACAGCUCGCUGAGGCCGAGGGACAGCUUUCGGGGCUCCCGCUCGCACAGCUUCCGGAUGCGGGAGCCCCUGUCCAGUAUCUCCAGCGUGCGGAGCGUCUGA